UAAAAAAAAUUAUUUAUUAUUUGUUUUUUCCUUUUUGUCAUAAAAAAUUUUAUUUGAGGGAAGCGUUAAAAUUUGUGCGUAAGAGUGGGGUGGUUACUGCGCAUAAUGUUAUGCAUUGGUUUCUGUAGUUAGUGUUGUUUUUACUCUAUUUGCGCAUCACCUGAAUGGGGAUGUAUUUUCGGUGGUGGGGCUUUUUCCGCAGUCUAACGUCUUUUCAGUUUCCUAAUUACUAAAUUAUUUUAUUAAGUACUUCUGUCGAGGUCGUCUCGUGUACUUUUCUUUGUCUAUCUGUGAAGUUAAAAGAAAUUUUUCAAGCAACAUGUGCAUCCGUCGUUGUGUCUCUUGUCCUUCUGGAGGUCUUUUUGACGUGUUUUCUUGGUUGGCCAUUCUCAGAGACUUGUCUGAUUUUGGUCGCGAGUUGUGUGCCGGGUACCUUACCCGUUUAUGUUCGGUUCAUCAAUUGGGUGUCGUGAUUGGUCGUCUUGUUCGGCUAUACGAUGUGUCGAUUAUACGCGUCAGCUUUUCUUCUGAGCCAUUAAAACUGCGCGGAUAUGUGUCUAUAGACACAAUUCAACGUCGUCGUGCCGAGAAGGCGCGGGACAGAUGUCAAUGGUUUCACGAUGGUCUGGAUUUGACUUGUCCUCAGUUGGACGAUUUUGAUUAUCUUGGCAUUCGCUGGAUGCAUGAGGGGAAAUUUGGUGUUUGCCCUCAUCCUACUGAGGAUUGGUUCCACCCCGCUUGGACUCACCCUCAAGGUCUUCUCUCCGUUUACGACUUAUAAGCGGAUGAACACGAAAUAGCCCGUAUAAAAAAAAUAAAUAUUUU